GAUUCAUUGAAUAUAUCAUUUAAGGAUUUUGGAAUACAAAACUUUAUUGACAUUGCUCAUUUUGUCAAUGUUCAAAAAUCUUUAGAAUUAGUACAAAUAAGUCAUGAAGGCUUAUUCAUUCAUCUAAUUCUAAAUGAAUUACAAGCUCAUGCAAAAUCCUUACGUUUUCUUAAAUUUAAUCAUGUAGAUUUUUAUUGGGUUCAAUCAUUUGAAUCUUUAGUUGAACUUAAAAAUUUGGAAGUUUUACAUUUUAUUGAAUGUAAAAAUAUUAGAAUAAAUGCUAUUUGGCCAUUAAUUACUUCAACAUUUAAUAAUCUUGAUGAAGUAUUGGUAAAAGAUACUGAUUGUACAAUAUUAGAGAAUUGGGCUAAAAUUCAACAAGUAAAAGUAUUUAAUCAAAAAUUAGCAAUACAAAAAUUUAGUUAA